AUAAGGAACAAUGCCUGAAGAGUGCAGCUUUGAGCAAAAUUUCACUGCCCCUUAUAAUGUUCGCUAUCUAAAACCUUCACAAAUUUCUGAGUUGUUAAUAUUUGUGGACAACAGGGGUUAAUGAACCCUUUGGUCUCUCAUUCUGGUCAGUUUAUAGAAGAGGACAAAUUCAAAACGAUUUUCAUCUUUGAUCUUUCCCUGCCCAGUUGUUCCUUGUGUGUGAUCGUUCGUGUGACUCACUGCUGCUGGCUGACUGGAAGAUUCAUCUGGAUUCCCCACCAGCACAACCAAAGACACAACAUAGAGUAACAGUGACAUAACACUGCUAACAUGAAAAGUUUACGACACAGUGCUGUCUGGAUUCAGGGGAGGUGUUGGCUGCCUGGCCAGCAAGCUGCUUGUCGUCGACUGUUUGCAUCAUGCAAUCUUUGUAAUAGUCAGACAACUGAAGUACCCUCACCUUUAAGUAAGGGCAGUUCUACUCAGAAGAACAAAUCAUAUAUACGUACAGCUCUUGGUUUAAGUGCUGGACUGUUUAUUGGUGCUACAUUAAAAACAUUAUACAAUAACAAAAACAGUGAUGAUCUUGUACAAGUAACACCGUUAAUCCCAUCUGUUUAUGGUGCAAGUCCCUUCUCAUUCACUACACCAGUGGAGACCGAGGAUAGUGUUUCCAAGUCUUCUGUGUCUGUUAGCAAGAGACAAGUCUACAAUUUUAUUGCAGACGCUGUUGAAAAAACAUCAGACAAAGUUGUCUACAUUGAUAUUAAGGACAGCAGGAGGAGGUUAAGUGGAAAGAAUGUGCAGUCAAUAUCCAAUGGCUCAGGAUUUAUUGUUUCUGAAGAUGGUCUUAUCCUUACAAAUGCUCAUGUUGUCACGAACAGGCCAAGGUCAAGCAUUGUUGUGGUGCGACUACAAAAUGGUGUGGAGUAUGAGGGCGUUGUGGAAGAUAUUGAUGCUCUCUCAGAUCUAGCCCUUAUCAGAAUUAAAUGUGAUAAUCUCAGUCCAAUAACAUUAGGAAAAUCGAGUGAUUUGAGACCAGGAGAAUUUGUUGCAGCCCUGGGGUCUCCUCUCUCUCUGUCCAACACCAUCACUGCCGGGGUUGUUUCUUCUGUUGGUCGUGCCAGUAAAGAACUUGGUCUCAGAGGGAAAGAUAUACAAUAUAUACAGACUGAUGCAACGAUCACAUUUGGCAACUCAGGUGGGCCACUUAUCAACUUGGAUGGUGAAGUUAUUGGUAUCAACUCUAUGACAGUCACCUCCGGUAUCUCUUUUGCAAUCCCCAUUGACUAUGCCAAAGAGUUCAUAAUAAAGGCAGAAAAGAAAAAAGCUGAUCUUGCCAAGUAUCCCGAAUCCAGCUAUUCUGACCGUCGUCGAUACCUCGGUGUGACGAUGCUUACUUUGACACAGUCUAUCCUUCAGGAGCUCCAGGCUCGAGGUAGUGCACCACAGAAUGUGCCUCCUAACGUUACCCACGGAAUAUUUAUAUGGAGAGUUGUUGUUGGCUCUCCAUCAUACCAAGCGGGGUUGCAGCCUGGAGACAUAGUAACUCACAUUAACAACCGUGAAGUACAUUCAUCCCGUGAUGUAUUCAAGUUCCUAGAAGGGAAGGGAGACCUCGCCAUGACAGUGAUUCGCAAUGGUCAACGCUACAGUGUCGUGGUGGUCCCAGAGGAAUAGUGGCACGUACAGUAGUAGAAUAAAUGAACUACAGAUUAACGUAUGGCACUCAAUGAAUUAUCUAUUUUUAUACUCAAAAACAUCUUGUACUUUGAAACUUUAAUAAAAGAAAUCUGUUGUACAGUAUUAGGAGUGGGGAUAAAGGGAGGUGACUGAAAGUUUGCAGUGACCUUAAUAAAUCAUGUCUAGAAAAUUGAUACUGUACCUAAAUUGUGGGAAGUAUUAAGACACUUGACUAUGCGUGCUAGAGCGGAAUAUUGAAUAUAAAUAUGAAUAACGACAGAUAGUGUUGGAAAGAGGAUACUGGUGAGUGAUAUUUUGCCAAGACUAUAUUGUAUGUUUUUAGAUACAUAUAUUUUAUUGUAUCAGGUACAGUAUAUAUGUUGUUGCUGGGGGACUGAAGGAGAUGGGAUGACCUCGAAUGGAAAGUGCAGCUAAAGAGAGAUUGAUGAGUACAGUACCAGGCAAACUACAGUAUUAAACAUUUAUAUUGUUCACAUUUUUGGGGCUGUAAUAAAUUACCGGUAUGCUUUCCAACUUAAGUCAUUUUUAAUAGAGAAUUUACUCGGAUAAUUUGGUAUUGGAAGGUCUAUGUAACUUUCCAUGUUACAGUGUAUUGCAUCUUUACCUGUGCAGACCAUUGUAGUCUUACAGAGCCAUGUCUCACACAGCACAUAUGAGAGUACAGUAUAGCCCAGUUAGAAUCAACAAUAAUUAAAGAAAGCAGUGGGAGACUUAAUUUAUUAUUUGCUGUACAGUGCAUUAGUUUCCUCAGAAUGAAGUACUGCGAUGCAGUUGUUUAAGUAAGCAUAAGAUGUUUUCAACUUUGGAGACUCACUGUGGCACGAUAAUUAAUGCUAAUCUUCUAGAGCCACUUAGUUAAACUUAAUUAAUGACAAUUCGGUAUUGAUGAGGGAGAAAAUAGUAUGAAGAGUUCCGCCUUGUUAUAUAACCAUAAAAGUUUAUAAAUAAUUGUUGUUUUCUGUUCAUUAUCUCAUUAUUUAGAAAUUAUAUGUAUAUAGUACUGUACAGUAGUUAUCUUUGUUUAUACAGUAUGUUGUUAAUGAAAUAUUGUGUAUAUGUAGAA